UUUUACUCAAUCCCCAUUCCCCAGUUUCAGCUCUCCAGCUCUCUCAUAUUCGGCGGCCGCCCCAUCUCUCUCGAAUCCCUCUUCGCCUCCGUCUCUCGUCUCCGAUUUCGACAGAAUGGAUUCUCAGAUCAAGCAUGCUGUGGUUGUGAAAGUGAUGGGUCGCACUGGAUCCAGAGGGCAGGUGACUCAGGUGAGAGUCAAGUUUCUUGAUGACCAGAACCGAUUCAUCAUGAGGAAUGUCAAGGGGCCAGUCAGGGAGGGUGAUGUCCUCACUCUGCUAGAGUCUGAAAGAGAAGCAAGGAGGCUGCGAUGAUUGGCUCUCUUCAUGUCUGUUCUUAUUACGUGUUGCAGAUCUGAAAUGCAAACAUUGUUCUGAUGUUAACCUUAAAUCAGUUUUGUGCUUUUGAGAUGCUUGUUGAAGACUUUUUAGGCUUUAAGGAAUGAUGAAUCAAUGUUGUUUACAUUAAAUUAAGUGUUAUUCAGUGAUUAGUAGCUGUGUUGAGAAGUUUAAUGCUUUCGUUUUAAAA